AUGAGUAAAUCAGAUAAAUUUGAUGAAUUUAGAAAUGAGUUCUUUAAUUUAGAAAGUGGAUUUUCAACUGUUGCCAGAAAAGAAAAAAGAAUUCUUACAUACUAUGAAACCAAGAUUGAACAUUUUGAACAAUUAUUAUCAAAAAGGGAUAAAAGAAUCAAUGAACUUGAAAGUUAUUUAGAGGAACUUAGAAAAAAGGAAUUGGACUCUAAAUACAAUUCUGAUAUUCUUCAAGUUUUAAUGAAAGAUUAUAUGAAUUGGGUUAAAGAAAGGGAAUUAUUAAUUGCAAGUUUUGAAAAGGAAAAGAAUAUGUGGUCUGAACUUUUACAAAAGAAUAAUGAGUUGAUGAAUCAAUAUCUUGGAGAUGUUAUCAACAACUCUAAUAAUAAUAUCAACCAAAUCCAACAAUAG